UUGUGAACCGCUUCUACACUUAAUUUGUUUGUUGUAACUCUGGCACAAGUCCAUAUUUUUAUCUCACAGAUACUUAUGCUGCAGCAGCGUCUCCAAAGCCGUCAGCCACACACUCACGCACAUACAAAUUCCCGUCAGUUGACACUACGAACAGCUGUGACUGUGACUUGCCAAUACCAUUCACAAUAACCACGAGGCAAGUGUCAAAAAAUAUAAGUGAAUUACCAAACACACGCUCCAUCUAGUUAUCUCUCUCACACACACAUUAGCUACGCUCGAUUCUGUGCGACGACGGCAGCAGUGACGCCAACGACCGAGACUGCGACUGUUUCUGUUUGUGUUUGCAUUUACUAGAGUUCGAUUAACUGCAGCGCUCGCCAUGUCGUUGAGUGAGUGAGCGAACGAGGCAUGAAAAAGUCGUAUCGAAGGUGGUGGCUGAAAAAAAUUUAUUUAUUUAUUGAAAGUGCUGUAGAAAUAUAAUGAAAUAUAACAGUAUAUGAAAAGCGAAUGUGAAAUUCUAUACGAAAGAAAUAAAAUAGUAAAAAUUGUGUUUCAACGCAGUCAUUUAUUCAGUAAAGAAUUGGUGCUCAAUUUUUUUUUUUUUUUUUUUUGUAGAUCAAACGAUACAACAGUGCAUAUUCAUUUGUGUGUUUGUAUACAUAUGUACAUACAUAUAUGUAUGCAUAAACACAACCAAUACCCAAAGUAGCAAACAAGGCGUACAUAGCAACAACAACAACGAAAUAAUUGUGAAUCAAAAGUAAAAAAAUAUACAAAAAAUAUUCAAGUGCAGACGUAAAUGCGAUUUUUUCUCUUAUUUAUAACACCACCACCACCACCACCACCAACACACCAUCUUCACUAUUAUGCCUUUUGCGUCAUUCUCUUUGCUACCAGCUUCGCUCGUUAACUCCUAAAUUUACCCUACUUCGUUUCGUCGCGUUCGUUCAACAUUUUGACGCCCUGUAAAUUCGCUGCCCGGCACAAGCGGAAACCGUGCAACGCUACCGAAAAUACAUUUUCCUAUAAAGUGCUUACAUACAUACAUGUAUAUAUGUAUGUAUGCAUGCAUGUAAACAAAUGAAACAAAGCGCAUGUAUGUAUAUGCGACCAUGCAAUUCCAUUUUGGCAGUAAAACGAAAAAUCUCUGAGGCAUUUGUCCUUGCGCGAGCAGGAUGACAGGAUAUUAUUUGAGUGAAAUUAUAUACGUAAACAUAGAUAUUUACGCGAGUAUUUUCUCUCAUUAACGUUCAUAUAGAAGAGUAUAAUAAAAUUGCAAAAGCACAACAGAAUAAGGAAUUGGCGAAAGGUAAUAAAAAUGUCAAUGUUAAAUUGAAAUUAGUCAAAUGAAGUGCAGUGAUUUAACGGUGUUUAUAUUAUAGAAAUUUCGAAAAAUAUAAGUAAAUUAAAAAAAAAAAAAAAGUAAAUAUAAAAAGUUAUAAUUAUUAACCGUAAUAGAAUAUAAAUAUUGAAAAUUUACUAAAAGCAUAGCGUAAAAUCGGCGAAAAAAUAAAUCGAUUGCAAAUCACAUAGAAGAAAAAUAACAAAAAAAAAACUUGAAAAAUCACGACGCGCGUGUCUGUCUGCCUACAUUCAAGCAACCGCUGUAAACGCCCUCUUACGCAUCAACACACGUUCCGUUUUAUUGUUGUCCUUUGACAUACGUAAUAACACCCGCACAUCCGCCCACUUCCGUUGCAGCGCAAGUGAAUUUGCAAAGUUUCAAAACCGCAAAAGCGCGUCUGCUCUGCUAUUGUCUGUGUGAAAGCGCGUGUGUGUGUGCGAAAAAAAAAAUUACAUCUCAAAGUGUGGGUGUGUGUGCAUGAUUGUGUUUGUGUUUCCAUACACAUCAACAUAUAUACACAUAUAUAAAUUUACAUACGUAUUUCAGUGCAGCAAGGCUUUGCAUAAAAUAAUCGAGUUUAUUAUUGUUCCAUUUCAAGGAUAUCUUCUACGUGCAACAAAGCAAAAGAAAUAUAUAUAUAUGUAUAUCUGUACGUAAGCGUGUUUAUGAAAAGCAAGCUUUACGUAUAACGGUUUUACUUAAAUAUUUGUGCAAGGAUGUUAUUGAAAUUUAACAUAUUUUAUGUGAAAUUAUAUAAAAGUUGCUGCUUUUCUGAUGACGUGCGUAGAAAUCGGGAUUUUGAAGCCGACGACCGACUGAAACAUUUUCGAAACUAAGUACAACUCAAAACUAAAAGCGAGCCAAGCGUAAACAAAAGAUAACAGAAACUGUAUAGAAGUGUAAUGCAAGGAAAGUGCGCUCAACGCGAGAAGGAUGCAUGUUCUCACCAACAUUAAAAUGCCUCAUUGAAUUUCCUGUAUUGUGAAAACUGAAGACAACCAACUAACCACUAACACCUUGCGCGCACACGAAAAUGUCGAAACAUCCCGAUAAUGAUAACCUUCGCAAUGACAUCUACGAAAAUCUACCCUGUCAGGCUAUGUACAAUGAUGCCGUACGUAAGAUACAACAACAGAAGACUGUACAAUCGAACACCAAUAACGCAGUCGCGGCAGCCGUUGUCAACAAUCCGCUCUCACAACAGUUAUUACUUAACAACAUUAGCAACCAGAAUGCGGCCAACUCGAAUCCCAAUCCAAAUACAAGUGGUUUAACAAGCAAUAAGCAGCAGCAUCAGCAAUCCUCACCGCAGUCGCUGCAACAGCAGCAGUCGAACAAUAAACACUAUGCCGCCAGCAAUAUGCCUAAAGAGAUGCUCUACGCCACGCCAUUACGCAAAUCAGAUCGCUACAAAAGUGGUGAGCGCUUACGUUUCAAUAGUUCUGGCGUGCGUGCGCAUACGGCUGGCAGCAAUCACGAUACACACGACGCCAAGUUGUCCAAUCUAUUGGAGUAUAAACAAAUGAAUUCGAAAGAACUGACGCGCUUGUGUAGUCGCAAUGGCAAUGCAGUGCCCAUAACCGAUCUCGAUGAUGACACAGCUUUGGAUGGUUGCUCGUCCAGCGCUUUGGUUGGCGGUUCGCAUUAUCAGCAUCAACCUGCCUCAUUGCCACCAUUGCCCAACUCCAGCACACCCAGUCAUCAGUUGGAGGAUCGACGCAUACUUAAUUUCCUCAAAGACACUACACAGCUGCAGAAGAAAUUGGAGGUAUCCGGACGCGAUUGUCCCAAUGCCAGUUUUUCAAAUUUGGCACGUGAGGAGCACUUUGCCAAUUUGAUGCAACAGAAUUUCCCAAUCGAGGCGGCGCGCAACAAUGGCGGUGCUAACGCCGAUCUUAUGGAGGAUCGUAGCUUAAGUACUACUGCGGACACAAGCGAGUCGGUGCUGACCGAAACUGCUGAUAAUUUGGAAGUGCUAAUGCAGAAGAAGCGUUCGCCUGAUAAAGAAGUGAAUGGUAUUGUGUCGACGACAAGUGAGUCGCAAAGUCAGACGUUAACUGCACGACAUGGCUUACCCGUAUACAUACACCGGGAAUGGGUGCUUAAGAAGAUAGCGUUAUGCUUGGAGCAACGCACGGCCGGCAAGAAGAAUAUGCCGGGUUUGCUUAGUGCUGGUGCAGCCGGUAAGACUGAAGCUGUUAGUGGUUUUAUGGCGGCACGCGCCAAAGCUGCAGCUAUAUCCAGCUCAACGUACAACGGUUGUCUCGUGCUGGGCUCUAAUGGUUCGGGCAAAACAUCCAUCUGUCAGGCAAUAAUGAAUGGCAAUUCUGGCACAAAAGGCAUACUUAACCGAAAACUACUAGCCUGCUACUUAAUCGAGUCGCAGAACCCCGAGUGUCACAGUCUCUCGCUAUUCAUGCGUAAAAUAGUGCUGCAAAUACUCAGUCAUUCCUCGCUGAUCACCAAAGACGAAUGCCAGCGCGUGAUCGACGAAGGCUUCUCCUUUCUGCAAGAGGAGGCGCAGCAACAGGAAUCGAAACUCGAUGAAGCCAUGAACAAUAUAACGUUAAACGAAAACGUUGAAGACAUACUAAUUGCUGAGCUCCGACGUGGUGCCAGCGAUUGUGACUCCGACAAACCGGAACAAUUUCAACAACGACGUACAUCGACGAGCAAUAAGAAGUCCGGUAAUGUAUGCAUUAUGCGUCAAAAAUCUGAACCAACACCAGCCGAGGAGCGCGCUAUCGUGAACGAUGAACAAAAAUAUAAAAAUUACGGUACACAUCCGCCCGCAACGGGCAACAAAGGUAACACCAAAGAACGCAACGAAGACAAAGACAACGAUACCGAAAAGGAGAAGCGAAACGAGGCAGACAAAGAGAAAAGCUCGCCAUCUACUUCGAGUAAGUGUAGCCCGGGCAAAAAAUCUAAGAUUCCAGUCAAGCUUGGUCGCACAAGCGCCAUUGCCUCGCCAGUAAAGGUCGCCACCGCCAUAACAGCCAAUAACGCUAAUACCACUAUACAACAGGGCGGUGGUGAAGACAUUGCCGACAUGUUAAGCGAUGAACUUAAGAACGAAAUCGAAGCAGCCAUAAAUGAAGGCAAUACGGACGGGAAUAAAGGCAACGAUGAGCCGAAAGAGAAAUCGGACAAUGAAGACGACAACGAAGACAAACCGGAGGCAGAUAAAAAUCUCGAGGAAUAUGAGAACGCUUUUGAAAAAGAGUGCGCCAACGAGGAAGACAAAGAAAACUGCGAGAACCAAAUAGAUUUUGAACAGGGCAGAAGCGGCGAAUCCACGGACAACUAUGUGCAUCCCAGCGGCGCAGGCACAAAUACGAAUACGUUACCGCCACCUUUACCUAAACCGAAAAGUUGUCGCACGGUAAUUGCCGACGGCUACUACGAGCUAUUAAUAUCCAAUCCUGAAAUACUGGAGUGUUUGAGUGUUGACAACAUCGAAAAGAACCCAGACGAAUGCUUCAAGAAGGCGCUACUCUUUCCAUUACUGGAGCUUACGCCACCCAAAACUGCGCUCUUGCUAUUGAUUGAUUCCAUCGACGAGAACUACAUCAAUGAGGGCAACUUGAUUACCACACUAAAGGGCGGUCGUGGUACAACAACAAACCAUAAGAGUCGGAAUGUCGCCGAGCUGUUGUCCAACCACAUACAUCUCUUCCCCAAAUGGCUGUUUCUUGUGUGCACCACUAAGAAACAGACCAAACAGAUUACACGUAUGUUUACUGGUUUCAAGAAGAUCACUUUGGAUGAUCUGCGAAAGUCACACGUCGUGAAGGAUGUGCAAGAGUAUAUCAUAAACAGACUCAAUUCGGACUUUAAAGAUAGUAUUAUGCUUACAAAAGAGAUUAUAGAAUCAUUACAUCAGUUGUAUAUCAAAUCGAAUGGUUGCAUACUCUAUUUGGAGAAAGUCUUGAAUGGCAUCAAAGAGAAUUUCUUCAGUUUUCGUGAGAUCAAAUUGAUACCGUGCACACUCAACGGUUUAUAUUUGUACAUUUGCCAGAAGUCAUUCAAUAAAAAGCAGUAUAUGAAAAUUAGACCACUGCUUAAUGUAUUGCUUGCUUCAUCCGGUUAUGUGGAUAAGCUCUUCCUCUUCAAUUGUCUGCGUACACAUAACUAUGCGAUUGACACAGAAGAAUUUGAGAAACGCUUACAAAUCAUGAAGAAUAUUGUCGCUUACGAUGCUGAUCAGCAGCGUUUGAAGAUCUUCCACAACUCCUUCUCCGAUUGGCUGGUCGAUGUGAAGUUUGCCACCAAGAAGUUCAUUUGUGACGUCAAUGAAGGUCAUGUUAUGGUCUCCAUGUAUUACUUGCUCGUCGCCGAUACAUUGUGCGCUAACAAUGUGCGUAAGUUCGUUUAUCAUCUCAUCAAGUCUGGUGAAUAUCUCACCAGUCGUAAUGUAAAUUUGGAUAUUAUACUCAUGUUACUCGAGUCACGUCUCAAUUUAAAUGAUGCGUUCUACACGAAUCAUUUAAAUUGUUGUUCGCAGUGCGAGAAUGAUUUCAAACACGAUCCCAACUUUCUGCCCAAAACUCGCAAUAUGAUAGAGAAAUUCCUCAGCAGCGAAUUGAGUGACGAGUUCUCGCAAUUUUUGUGUGAUUUCUUCAAACCAAGCCUACCAACGGAUGCGAAGAUAUUGAAGUUGCUGAUCGAGACAGGCAUCAACAAUGCCGAAGCACAGAACUCCUGCGAAUCGUCGCUGAUGUCUCCUGAACUAUCAGAAAAAUCGCAAAACAUAGACUUUGAAUUGGCUGAUCUCCUGAUCUCAAGCGAAAAAUCGUGCAUAUUGGAGACACAACGACCCACGAGUCCAUCGGAGAAGAGCGAGCCACAUCACGAGAGUCAAGAUGAGAAUGCAUCUAGUACGCUGCAUCAGCUAUCCGACUCCAAUCGCAUUGAGUUGCACAAAGGUAAAGCACUAAUACACAUUCUAGCCAAUGAUGGCAAUCAUCAGCUGCUCGAGCGCGCACUAAAUGCCUGCAAAGGGCCCAUCGAUCUCGAAAUUGAAGACUACAAUGGACAGACAGCUUUGAAUAUCGCCGCACGGAAUGGACAUUUGGAGGUUGUUAAAUUACUAUUGAGUUUCUCGCAGCCAUGCAAUGAUGGCACUGGACGCAUGAAGCGUGUGGAUGUUAAUCAUGCCGACCGUGACGGUUGGACACCAUUGCGUUCCGCCUCUUGGGGUGGUCACACGGAAGUUGUAAAAUUACUCAUCCUACAUCCGGCGUGCAAAAUUGAUUUAGCCGAUAAGGAGGGUAGAACUGCGUUGCGCGCAGCCGCUUGGAGUGGACAUGAAGAUAUAUUGAAAAUUCUUAUCGAAUCUGGUGCUGACGUCAACUCUGUCGAUAGACAAGGUCGCACAUCACUGAUCGCCGCCUCUUAUAUGGGUCAUUAUGAUAUUGUUGAAAUUUUGCUUGAAAAUGGCGCCAACGUUAAUCAUUUAGAUCUUGAUGGACGUAGUGCGCUUUGCGUUGCAGCACUAUGCGGCUCAUCGGGCUAUAGCAAGGUGAUAUCUACUCUAUUGGAAUACGGUGCCAACACUGAUCAAUUGGACAAUGACGGCAUGUCGCCGCUACUGGUGAGUUCUUUUGAAGGUAAUGCCGAAGUGUGUGAAUUACUGUUGGAGAAUGGCGCUGAUCCUGAUUUGGCAGAUUUCAUGGGUCGCACACCCCUGUGGGCCGCCUGUACUGCUGGUCAUGCAAACGUUGUCAAAUUGUUGCUUUUCUGGGGUUGCGGCAUUGAUUGCAUGGACUCUGAAGGACGUACCGUACUUAGUAUUGCGUCAGCACAGGGUAAUGUGGAGACUGUGCGACAGUUACUCGAUCGCGGACUAGACGAAACUCAUCGCGAUAAUGCCGGCUGGACACCUUUGCACUAUGCCGCUUUCGAAGGCUUCCAUGAAGUAUCACUGCAGCUGCUAGAGUCGGGCGCCAAAAUAGAUGAGUGCGACAAUGAGGGAAAAACUGCGCUUCACCUCGCGGCACAAGAGGGUCGCACCAAAUGUGUGCAGGUGCUACUCGAAAUACAUCCCACAUUCGUCGAUCAAAAGGCACACGAUGGCAAAACAGCAUUCCGUUUAGCCUGCUUGGAAGGACAUCUCGAAACAUUGCAAUAUCUUUUGAAAUUCUGUUGCGACGUGAACGCCAAGGAUGCGGACUCGCGCACCACGCUUUAUAUACUCGCACUCGAGAAUAAACUGGAUAUAGUUAAGUACCUGCUGGAAGUUACAAAUGUCGAUGUGAAUAUACCAGAUAGUGAGGGACGAACCGCGUUGCAUGUAGCCGCGUGGCAGGGGCAUGCCGAAAUGGUGAAGAUGCUGAUCACAAUGGGUAAUGCGGAUGUGAACGCUAUGGACUUGGAGGCACGCACACCACUGCAUUCGUGCGCUUGGCAAGGCAAUCAUGAUGUCAUGAGUAUACUGCUUUACUUUGGCGCUAUAGCGGAUCAUGCAUGCAAACAGGGCGCUACAGCAUUGGGUAUCUCAGCGCAGGAGGGACACGAGAAAUGUGUCAUUGCUUUAUUGAAGUAUGGCGCCAAUCCAUACAAAUCGGAUCAUUGUGGACGUACGCCCAUUAAAUUGGCCUCCAAAUCGAACCGCACAAACAUACUGAAGAUUUUUGAAAAUUUCGCAAAAAGUGAUGCCAAUAAUCUAGUCGAAGCAGCAAAAUUCCACCCGAAUAUGUUGCGCUCACCUGACCAACCACCAGCGUUACCUGCUCACCAAAGUCUCGUGCUAGGCGCACCAGCAUAUCCACCACAUGCUUCCGCACCAUCGGUUUGCUCAGCGGCCACUACAGCUACGGUGAACAAUAACAAUAGCAUGCAAGUGCCAUCAAACAUACUGAAUGCAUCCACAUCGACACAUAGCUCGAAUAACUUCUAUCAGAACACUAUGCAAUCGGACACGAGCAGUUUGCAUAAACGAAAAAGUGUUAUCUCUAGUCAAUCGACAGGCAGCAGCAAUGAUCAAGCGCCGCUCACAUUCACACAGCAACUGCAACGUCAAACGAAACUGAAUUCGCGAAAUAAUCCAUUCGUACAAAAUGCGCCCAUCAUCAGUUCGAAACAUGGCGCUGCAUCGACAUCUGCCGCCGCUACUGGUGGCAUGCAACAGCAAUCGAAAUCGCAUCACUCACAGCGACACUCUCAACUGCUGCCCGAUCUCAAUGAGCAUCAAUUUGUUUCUGGUAUCGGUGCUAACGAAGCCGAUUUAUACGAUAUGGAGUGUAUGUCACCACUCUACGCUACACCACCCCAUUCACCUAGCAGUGAGCUAAGUUCACCCGGUCAGCUACCCUCAUUAAAUGCUUUCGAUGAAAUUGGCGGUGCAACUGGUAAUUCCGGCGCUAAUCACACUAACGGUGGCAGUUCUGGAGGGAAGUCAGUGUUGCCAGAUAACCAUUUUGCGCGCGACACACAUAUGCGUAUAAUUUUGGGUAAUUUAAAGGAUACUCAGCCGAGUUCGUCAAGCAAAAGCAAACGCAGCGGCAUAACAACAAAUCCAGCAAUGCGUCUAAUACGUAGCCGUUUCGAUUCUGCAGCACAGCUAAUACGACGCACCAACAAUAUACUCUCGUCAAAUAGUAAUCAGGGUUCAUCAAGCAUCGGAGUAAAAUCGGGCACGUUUCAAUGGCGCAAGGAGAGUCAAAUGUAAAAUUCGGGAAAUUUCAAUAUACAUAAUUACAUAUAUAUAAAUAUGCUCCUGAAAACAUAUACAAAGAUGUAUAUAUAGUACAUAGAUAUUGCAAUUAAUAUGUGUGGGGAAUUUGAAGUACAGUUAACUGUAUUAUAAUGAAUUAUUUUAUAAUAUAUUACACACUGGAGAGAUAUGAGAGAAGUACGAGUAUAGAGAUUGAAAUUUGCGAUUAAUUUAGUCAUUGAAUAUGUAUGUAUUGUAUUACUCAUAAAUACAUGUAUUUCCUUUAUGAUUAUGAUUUUAUU